AUGAUGUCUGCACGGCGCCGUCAGAGCUGCCCCUCCCUCUCUGAUGAAGAAACCAAUGGGAACCACACAGAUCCUGGACCAGAACCAGACCACGAAGAGCUGGACUGGGACGGCUUUAGCACCACCAUAUUCAAUUCUCGCCUCUCUACCUCUGUGUCUGUGACCCUUCAGGAGCAGGAGAGCGUCCAGGCGUCCGAGCAGCACUGCGUCCAGCUGGAGAAAGCUCGGCGGGAGCUGGAGAGGCAGCUGUCCGGUCUGGAGGAGCGUCUGGAGGAGGAGGAGGCGUGUUCAGCUCAGCUCAUCCUCCACAGGGAGCGUCUGGAGGUUGAGUGCAGCAGCCUGAGGAGAGACGUGGACGAGCUGGAGAGCGCUUUGACUGCAGCCGAGCACGACAAACAGUCUUCAGACAGCGAGGUGAGGAGGCUGUCAGAGCAGCUUCAUCUGAAGGUCGAGGUGGUGCAGAGGCUGCAGACGGAUAAGGAACACCUGGUGGAGCUCAGCAAGCAAGCCAUUGAGGACCUGCAGAGCGAGGAGGAGAAGGUGAACCUGCUGACCAAAGAGAAGACCAAACUGCAGAUUCAGGCUGAAGAUUUGGAGUUUCGUCUGGAGCAGGAGCGGCGUCAGUGCGGCGAGCUGGAGAGGAGCCGCAGGAAGCUGGAGGGUGACAGCAGAGCAACACAGGAGAGUCUGGGACAGAUGGAGUGGAGCCGCAGUGGGCUGGAGGAGCUACUCAAGAGGAAGGACAUGGAGAUCAGCAGCACAAACUCAAAGCUGGAAGCAGAAGAAGCUCUGAAUAUGGAACUGCAGAAGAAGAGCAAAGAGAUGCAGGCUCGAAUCGAGGAGUUGGAGGAGGAGCUGGAGGCCGAGCGAGGCAUGAGAGCAAAGGUCGAGAAGCAGAGAGCUGAUCUGACCAGAGAGCUGGACGACCUCACAGACCGCCUGGAGGAAGUGGGAGGAGUCACAGCCUCGCAGAUGGAGGUGAACAAGAAGCGAGAGGCCGAGAUGCAGCGUCUGAGACGAGACCUGGAGGAGACCUCGCUGCAGUCCGAUGCUCUCGCCUUGUCUCUGAGGAAACGUCACGGAGACGCCAUGUCGGAGCUGAGCGAGCAGUGUGAGGCUCUGCAGAGGGUCCGAGCCAAGCUGGAGAAGGAGAAGCAGAACCUGAGAAUGGAGGUGGACGAGCUGUCCGCUUCUCUGGACAGUAUGCAGAAAGCGAAGACGUCCUCAGACUCUCAGGUGAAGAAGCUGGAGGAGCUGCUGUCAGACGCACACAGGAGAGGAGACGACCUGCAGAGGGCGCUCACUGAGCUCAGUGUGGCCAAAAACAGACUCACAGCUGAUAACGCAGACGUGGGUCGACAGAUGGAGGAGGCCGAGAGCCGAGCGAGUCAGCUGAGCCGCUCCAAAACUCAGCUCCAGAACCAGCUGGAGGACCUGAAGAAGCAGCUGGACGAGGAGAGCAAGUGUAAGCAGGGAGUGAGCAGCAGUCUGAGCUCGGUGCGGCAGGAGUGCGAGGUGCUGAAGGAGCAGCUGGAGGAGGAGCAGGAGAGCAAACAGGAGCUGCAGCGACUCGUCUCCAAACUGAACAGCGAGGUGACGCUCUGGAGGACCAAACACGAGUCUGACUGCAUCCAGCACGCCGACGAGCUGGAGGACACCAAGAAGAAGAUGGCGGCUCGGCUGCAGGAGGCCGAGGAGGCGGUGGAGGCUACUCAGGCUAAAUGUUCAUCGCUGGAGAAGACCAAACAGAGGCUGCAGGGGGAGGUGGAGGAGCUGUGCAUUGACCUGGAGAAGGCGAGCGGCUGCGGUCAGACUCUGGAUAAGAAGCAGCGCGUCCUGGAGAAGCAGCUCGGGGACUGGAAGCAGAAGUGUGAGGAGCUGGUGGCCGAGGUGGAGGGGUGUCAGAAGGAGAGCAGGCAGCACGCCGGAGAGCUCUUCAAACUGAAGACGGCUCACGAGGAGUCUCUGGAGCAGAUGGAGGCGCUACGCAGGGAGAACAAGGUUUACCAGGAGGAGAUCACCGACCUGACUGACCAGCUCUCAGACGGAGGGAAGAGUGUGCACGAGCUCCAGAAAGCCAAGAAGAAGAUUGAGAUGGAGAAAGAGGAGUUACAGGGCUCACUGGAGGAGUCUGAGGCCGCUCUGGAGGUGGAAGAGACGAAGGUGCUGAGGCUGCAGCUGGAGCUGUCUCAGGCUAAAGGAGAUCUGGAGCGCAGACUUCAGGAGAAAGAGGAGGAGGCAGAAGCUGCAAGGAAAAGCCACCAGAGGGCGCUGGAGUCCCUGCAGGCCAGUCUGGAUGUGGAGCUGAAGGGCCGAGCGGAGGGCAUGAAGCUGAAGAAGAAGCUGGAGUCUGAUAUCAACGAGCUGGAGCUGCAGGUCGACCUGCUGACCAAGAACAACGCCGAGCUCAGCAAGAGCAGCAAGAAGAUGCAGCAGCAGAUCAAGGAGCUGCAGGCUCAGCUGGAGGAGGAGGUACGGAGCCACGAGGAGCACAGGGAGGAUCAGGCGGCUGUAGAGCGACGCUGCGGCCUGCUGAUCAGCGAGGGGGAGGAGACUCGAGCUGUGCUGGAGAGUGCAGAGAGGGCAAGAAAAGGACUGGAGACCGAGCUGCAGGAGGCCAACGAGAAGUACAGCGACCUCAACAACCAGCUGCAGUGUGCUCUGAGUGGGAGGAGGAAGCUGGAGGUGGAUCUGCAGACUCUGCAGCAGGAGCACGAGGAGCUGCAGGGAGAGCUGAGAGGGUCCACAGACAAGAGCAAGAAGGCCACCUCUGAGUUGGCGAGGGUCGGGGAGGAGCUGCGUCUGGAGCAGGAGCAUGCGCUCCACCUGGAGCGGGUGAAGAAAGGUCUGGAAGCUCAGAUUAAAGACAUGAGCGGCCGUCUGGACGAGGCCGAGCAGAUGGCACUGAAAGGAGGGAAGAAGAUCAUCCAGAAACUGGAGGGGAAGGUGAAGGAGCUGGAGCUGGAGUUGGACUCUGAACAGAAGCGACACGCAGAGACGGUAAAAACGCUGCGUAAGAACGAGCGCCGGCUGAAGGAGCUGCUGUUCCAGUCCGAGGAGGACCAGAAGAACCAGCAGAGGAUGCAGGAGCUGGUGGAGCGUCUGCAGAACAAGAUGAAGGCCUACAAGAGACAAGUGGAGGAGGCCGAGGAACAAGCCAACAUGAACAUGGCCAAGUACAGGAAGACGGUCAACGAGCUGGACGACGCUGAGGAGCGAGCGGACAUCGCUGAGUCAGCACUCACCAAGAUCAGGACCAAGAACAGAGGCAGCUUCGGCAAAGGAUACUCCUCUGGUUACAGCACCCCGUUCUCCGGCCUGGUCAGGUCACCCAGCUCUGUGGGCUCCGAGGGCAGAGGGGAGAAGAUCCUCAACGACGACGAGGAGUCCGUCAGCUCCCUCAUCCCCGCGUAUCUCAACUCCCUGAAGAAGCUCAUGGUGGAUUAAAACACGGCUGAGGGCUCUGACGGUCCUGCAGAUCUUAAUCCUGCCUCAGAUUAAUGCGGAGGACGGAAACAGGAAACACCAGAGGCAGAAACUGCAGCUUCAUUCAGGUCAUAAACAAACUGUUUCAUCUGUCUGUGUGUGAUGUACAUGCACACAGAAAGCAUCUACUUUGUACUCAUUCCUUUUUACUCUUUAUGUACUGUAUGUCUGCAGGAGGUGUUCACACAGAAAGGGACGCAUUUAUAGUCUUACAUUAUGAGCACAAGCUUGGUGUUGUUUGGGUGCUUUGUCGAUUAAAAACAACAGAUGAGUCAGAAACUAAAGGGGCUGAUUUUCAUUUCAUCUUGGGGGGGAAUGUGUCUGGAUUAACUUUAAGUUUCUAGUGGCUGAAAUCUGGUGCUUAAAUCAAACAGAUGUUGCUGUGAUUUAUUAGAAAUAAAGCGUUUUAAAGGACGCUGAAAUAAUUACAUCAUGAGGCAGAGUUUUUACAGAAAAGUCUGAAUUCUUUUCUAAUGAAUGAGAAAAUGUGAAAAGAGUUUGCAUUGACUUCAUUAUCCCAUUAUUAUUACAAGACUUCCUGUGUUCGCUGAUUCCUGAUGUUCUCAUGGAGAUAAUAAGAUAAAUACAAUUUGAAUAUAAGAAGAUACAUUUCAGCUCUAAAUAAUCGAACAUGUUGCAGUAAUGGCUGCAGAUAUCAUGUGAACAGACGGGAGAGGUUUGUAGAGGGUGUCCAUUAAUGACCCGAAGUUAAUAAACCACUUAAGGCCGUGACACACCGAGGAGAUUGUCCGCACUCGGCCCGAGUUGUACCGUCGGUUAGUGAUGGUUGCACUGGUUUUUGCUGUGUGUCCCGCUCCAUCGCUACCUGCCGGCCCCCGUCUGACCUUUUUUUAAGCCAAUACGACAUGUUGAAUCGGCGUCAGUCAGUGUGGUUGGUGAGAGGAGUCACUCUGAUUGGCUGUUCAACUAAGCGAAUCAGUGCACGAGAAGAAAAACGGAAGUGACCAAAGCAAGUUAAAGACUACAGUCAAGAGGCACCUUUUUAAUCAGACAUUAUUCUGCUAUAAUACGAGUGGUGAGUGACAGCGGUGUGAAAAUGGUCUUCUAUCUCUAUCGUCUAUAAAAACAACGGACUACCACCACCUACUGGGAUGGAGAGUUAUUUCUGCAUGCUCAGAACGUACGUGGUGGUUGGCCGUCGGCUGUAGUCUUUGCGGUGUGUUCUAGUGCAACUUUUGGGCCAAGAAGGGGGGUGACGUGGGGUGACGCCACAGUCAGCCGUCGUCGCCACUAGUUCUUUGCCUUCCGCUUGGUGUGUCAGGGCCUUUAUGAUCAAUUAGUUCUAGGAUACAAAGUGCAGCCAGUCAUCAGGUUUUUAAAGGUUGAUGAUAAUAAAAAAUGCAGGCGUGCCUCACAUAUUUAAUUAAAGUGUAUCAGUGUGAACUUUUAACCACGUCUUUAUUUUCUCCAUCUAAACGUGUAACCAGGCGUCUGGUCGAAUCAUUGAUGUUGAAUGUGAAAAGGUUUUUUUUUUCUUUGCCAAUAAAGUUUGACAUUUGUUAUGUUUGUCACCUCUCUGAUUAUUUAAAGGCAC